AUGUUUGUAUUCUUCACUGAAAAAAUAUCUUUCCACAUUUUUUUCUUCGAUUUUUGUCUCGUUCUUUUUCUUUUUUUUUCCUUUUUUUUCUUUCUUCUUAUUUUCUUUUUUUCUUUUCUAUUCCAUAUUCGUUCCCUUUUCAUUUUGCUUUUUCUCGUCCUUUUUAAUUCUAAUACACGUUUCAUUUCUUCUCAUUUGAUUUUUCUUCUUCUUCUUCUUCUUCUUCUUCUUCUUCUUCUUCGUCUUUUAUUCUUUCUUAUAUCCGUUUCUUCUGGUCAUUUUCUUUCUAACACACGUUUCAUUUCUUCUCCUUUGAUCACUUCUUCUUUUCGUCUUAUUCUUCUUUCUUUCUUUCUUUCUUUAUUUCUUUCUUUCUUUUUUAUUUAUUUAUUUUAUCCGUUUCUUUUUCUUUCUUGCUUUAUUCUCGUCAUUUUCUUUCUAACACACGUUUAUUUCUCAUUUGAUUUCUGCUUCUUCUUUCUUUCUUUCUUUCUUUUUCAUUUUUUCUUUCUUAUACCCGUUUCUUUUUCUUUCUUGUCUUUUUAUCAUCGUUUUCUUUCUAUCACCCAUUUCAUUUAUUCUGUUUUGCUUUUCUUCUUCUGCUUUCAUAGUUUAUUUUCAUCUUGUCCCCUUCUUUUUCUUUCUCCUUCGCUUUUUCUUUCUCCAUCGCUUCUUAUUUCGUCUCAGUUCAUUUUCUUCACUUUCUUCAAUUUUCAUUCUUGCAUCUUUACCAUCUUUCUUUCCUCUUCUUUAUUCUAUUCUGAAUUUUCUUUUUUUUUAAUUCCCUCUUCUUUUCUUUCACUUUCAUUUCCAACUUUCUUCAUUUUCUUCUUUUCUUUCACUUUCUUUUCCGAUUACGUCUUUCUUGACCUUCCCAACAAGUCUAUUUGA